AUGACGUCGAUAGCGUCCGAGUCCGUGGCCACGAUCCUCUGCACCAGCAAACAGACGCGCUUCAACAUCCAGACAGCAGAUUAUCGAGAACUGGACAUUGACGGCCUCAACAUCACCGUCACAUCCUCGGCUGGCAAACCUAGUGGUGGUGCCAAGGGCAAGUCCAAAGCCCGGAGCGAGGGGACCGAGAUCCUAGUCGACGCCAAGCUGCGUCUGAAGGCCGGCCAACGAUACGCCCUCGUCGGAAGAAAUGGCUCAGGCAAAUCGACACUUCUCAGAGCCAUCGCCGAGAAGCUGAUCCCCGGUAUACCCGAGGCGACGCGGAUAUCUCUUCUCCAGCAAACGAGCAUCAGUGACACCGACUCGGACGUGCGUCCUGAAGACGACGACUCGAUUACUACUCCUACUCCGGUGGAUGGCUCUGCCCAGAGCAGCCGAACUGUGUUGGAGCAUGUUAUUGAACAGGCGACUGCGCGGUCGGAUGUCGAACAAGAAAUCAGAGCUUUGUCCGAUGGAAUCAAUAGCACAGACUCCGUCGGCCCGGUACGCGCGAUUCGCGCUCUCCGUCAUGAGAGAAACCAAAAGCACCUCUUCCAAGUCGACAAGAAUGCAAGGUUGCGUAGCCGAGACCGCGGCCUGGCAGCACGCAAAGCCCUAAAGGCCUUUGAGAAGAAAGUCGCCGAGUCUCACAGGGUCAAUCAGCCGCAAGAUGAGAUAUCGGCCGAAACCAUCAAGAGUGAGACGCAGGAGGCACUAGACAUGCUCGCAGAUCUCCAAUUGCAAGUCGAGCCGUCCAAAGUAGCCGAGACGGAGUCCAAAGCCAAGCGCAUCUUGACAGGCCUGGGGUUCUCUGAGGCAUACAUGUCAAAACCUGUCAACAGCCUAUCUGGCGGGUGGCGGAUGCGGACGGCGCUUUGCAUAUCGCUGCUCCAGGAGACUGAUAUCCUCAUCUUGGACGAACCCACCAACUUCCUUGACCUUCUUGGUAUCAUUUGGCUUCAGCGGUACCUCGGGUCUCUUCAAGACACGGACGAAGCCCCGACGCUCAUUCUCGUGUCCCACGACAGAGACUUCAUCACCAUUUGCAGUGAUCUCCUUAUCCUCAAGGAAAAGGGGUUGACGUACUUCCACGGUGAUCUUCCAACACAUGAGGCAUCCCAGUCGGAGCGGAAACUCUGGUUGACCAAAAUGAAGGAUGCGCAAGACAAGCAAAAGGCUCAUAUCCAGCAGAGCAUUUCCAACAACAUGAAAGCAGGCAAGGCCAAUGACGACCAGAACAAGCUGCGGCAGGCCAAGUCCCGCCAGAAAAAGCUCGACGAGCGGUGGGGUCUAACGGUCAGUGCCAAAGGCGGCCGCUUCAAGCUGAACCGCGACCUCGUCGGCCACCACUUCACAGCCCGUGAGGAAAUCGAUGUCCCGCCGGACGAGCGACCGGUGAGCUUCGUCUUACCGGAACCUCUAGAUCUCCGAUUCCCGGGGCCUCUCAUAUCGGUCGAGAACGCAACAUUCCGCUAUCCAACUAAGGUAAAGACGAAGCUGGCGGCACCAACAGUGUUGCAAGAUAUAAACCUGUCUGUUCACAUGGGUGACCGAAUUGGCAUCCUCGGAUUGAACGGCGCCGGGAAGUCAACUUUGGUUAAACUUCUAGUUGACGAGACGAAGCCCACGUCAGGGGCAGUGACGACGCAUCCGCGACUGAAGCUGGGAUACUAUUCGCAGCAUGCCGUCGAUGUUCUGCAAGAACAGGGCCGGGCCGAUCCUUCAUUGACGGCGUUGUCGAUGCUCAUUGAAGAAGUUGCUGGGGAACUGGAUGAAGGUCAAGUCCGUGGCGUUCUGGGCAGCCUCGGUCUGCCUGGUCGCGUUGCUUCCGAUAUACCUCUUGGGAAGCUAUCGGGAGGGCAGCUGGUGCGAUGCGAACUCGCCCGUCUUCUCUGGCGGAGACCACACUGUCUAAUCCUCGAUGAAGUGACUACUCAUCUCGACUACGAGACUGUCACGGCCAUGCGUGAAGCACUCAGAGACUGGGAGGGUGCAGUGGUGCUCGUCAGUCACGAUCGGUGGUUCAUGCGCGGAGCAGUUGAGCGUCUUAUCGAGGACUCUGACAGCGAAGAGGAUGAAGACGAAAAGGGGAUACCCAGACGACGGCUUGUGUACAAGUUGAGACAAGGAAACAUGACGAGGCUGGAGAACGGCGUCACCGAGUUCGAGGAGAGUGUUGCGAAGAGGGUGACGAAGCUGCUAAGUCUGUAG